AGGCCAACGUCUCCACGUCGGUGUGUUGCGGGACGAACUGAUGGCCUACCUCGCAGGCGCUACACGGAGCUGGGGAGAAACCACCAAUGGUUUAAAUGGUCAAGAUUCACGACCGCUGACUGACCACCCGGGAAAAAAAGACUUCAUGAAAGAUUCAAGUUCCGGAAUGGUCGCGAAAAAAUGUGUCGUCCAGAAAUGUUAGGUAUAAUACCGACCACACCUGAAUUGGUAUCCCCCCCCAUAGCGCCAAUGUGCAUCAAAGCGCAUUUAAAGCGGAGAUGCGCAUUGAAAUGCACAUAAAAGGUAACACAUUUUUCCUGCCCGCAAUGUUUUAGUCGCAGGGCCCACCAACCAGUGCCAGGAGUGCCAGCGAGGACUGCCAGGGGCGCCGAGCGUGCGGGCUUAUCAGUAGAGUCAGUCCCCGCCGCACCAGCCGACCAUGCGGACGCACUGCUUCGCCGCAGUCGUGUUUGCUCUGGCGGAGCUGUCGCUCCAGCUCCUCGCUAUAAGCAGGAACUACGACUACGUCAUCGAAAACGUGGAGUCGAUUUACGACCACAACUAUUUCGGUGAGCAGACGGGCAUGUUUUUGCGUCCACUGAACACGACCGACAAGCCGUCUCGCUCGGAGCUCUCUGCCGUCAUGGAUAUCAUCAAACCGCUGCCCAACGACAGUUUAGUUGAUGUUAGUCUUCUUGAGUUGCACGAGAAAAGGUACAUCCAGAGCUUCAUCAAGUAUCGAGUAUCGUUUUGCGACUACUUGCGACUAGAGAAGAGGCCCGUCUUCAAUGCAUUCAAAUAUUACUACAGCUUUCCUCCCUCUUGUCCGAUUCAAGGUCUCUAUAGGAUGGACUGGAACUCAAGGUUUGACGAAAUUAGCCCGCCUGGCUAUUUCCCUGGUCCAGAGAACUGGAAGUUCGUCAUCGGGAUCUCUUCCGAGGGUCGCAGUCUCUUAAAGAACACAGUCAAGUUUCGCGUCGACCGGACUAAGGGAAAAUCCGGUCGAGGGUAAAGUCUCAUCUCCCAUAGUGUGUCUUCGGUUGAAAAGUUGCUAUUAAAGAAAAUUAAAUAAAAAGUUUAUUUACGUUUCGUCCGCAAGCAAAAAAUAAUUCCAACAACUGUGGAAAGUGUAGGAGUGGAAACGCAGUGAGUGCACUAUGGUUGCAUUGCAAAUUGUCAACAUUCCUCCUUAUGAUAAGACAACGCACUGCACAAUUUUGUAUUACAUCGCACGAAAGUAUUUGCCACGGCGUUUGACAACUGCGUGACAGGUGAAAAAAGUCACAGGAAUCACCCAUUACUGCCUGGACUGCCAGGGGCACCGAGCGUGCCAGCGGGCAGUCCUCACAACACCAGCCGACCAUGCGGACGCACUGCUUCGCCGCAGUCGUGGUUGCACUGGCGGAGUUGUUGCCCCAUCUCCACGCAAUAAGCAGGAACUAUGACCUGGUCUUCGAAAACGUCGAGUCGAUUCACGACCACGACUAUUUCAGUCAGCAGUCCGGCCUGUUCAUGCGUCCACUGAACACCACUGACAAGCCGCCCCGCUCGGAGGUCUCUGCCAUCCUUGAUAUCAUCAAACCGCUGCCCAACAACAGUCUCGUUGACGUCAGUCUCCUUGAGCUAUACGAGAAAAGGUACAUCCAAAGCUUUGUCAAGUACCGCACUCCGCUUUGUGAUUACUUGCGCUUGGAGAAGAAGCCCGUAUUUAGUGCGUUCAAGACAUACUACCAUUUCCCUGCCUCGUGUCCGCUGCAAGGCUUUUACAGGAUGGACUGGAACUCAAGGUUUGAAGAAAUUACCCCGCCGAUAUUUCCUGGUCCUGAAAAUUGGAAGCUAGUCAUCCAAUACGCUUCCGAUAGUCACAACAUCCUGAAGCAAACGAUCAAGUUUCGAGUAGACCGCACCAAGGCGAAAGCUGGUCGUGGGUAAAUUCUACUCUCCCAUAGUUUCGGCAUGUCCACGAAA